AUGAGGCAAUUCGUCAGAAUCGCCAUUUUCAUUUCCCUUUUAAAUUUAUACCUCCAGAAAGAUGGGGCUGUACGGGGGGAAAUUCUAAACGUUAACAAAACGAAUUUGAGGAAUGGAACACCUGAGGAGGGGGUUCCCUCUGAAGGGGAACUGCCCGCAGACGCACAAGAAGGGAAAGGCGGGGACAGCAUCAAAGAAGUGAUCAAACGGGCAUCGGAAGAGACUGCGAAAUUUGCGGAUGAAGCGAAGGAAGCUUUUAAAAAAGCGCAGAGCUUAGCAGAGGAGGCAAAGGAAAAAGCUGCAGAGGCAGCCAAGGCGGUGGGAGCGAUGAACGGGGAGAAGGACACACCGCCAACAACAGAAAAGGCGCAACGAGCAAGCCAAGCCGCUUCCGCAGCAGAACAAAAGUCAAAUGAAGCGCAAGCCGCAGUGAGGACGGCCAAGGAGCAGGAGACAAAGGCACUGGAAGCAGCGCAAGUUGUGAAGGGGCUAGCGGAAAAGGCAGAACCAACAACGGGCGACAAAGACGAAGCAGAAAAAAAACGAAAAGAAGCUGAAGAGGCAUUAUCAGCAGUAAAGGCAAACCUAUCUGCCGUAGAAGCAGCGAAGGUAGCAGCAGAGAUUAACGCUGCAGAAGCAGUAGAAGAGGCCAACACAGUGAUGAAGGAAUUGGCAAAGGUAAAAGCUACCGAAGCAGCAGAUGCAGCAAAGAAGGAUCUGCUGGGAGCGGAGGUGGCCGAAGGAAGCAACGCGAAAGCAGAGGCCGAAGCGCACGAAUUUUUGAAGACAACGAACCAGCACAUCCAGGAGUUUGAGGAAAUGCCCUCACAGGGUGGUGAUCAUGUAAAGGAUAAGAAUGAGGAGGUAAAGGAGGAGGUAAAGGAGGAGGCAAAGGAGGAGGCAAAAGAGGAGGUCUUGGAGUCCAGGGGUGAAGAGGAGGAGCAGACACUGGAGGUGGAAGACGAUGUUGAUGAAGAGGAGGAGGACGAGGAGGACGACGAUGAUGAAGAAGAUGAAGACGAUGAAGAAGAUAAAGAAGAUGAAGAAGAUGAUGAUGAAGACGAUGGCGGUGAUGACGAUAGCGGUGAUAACGAUAGCGAUGAUGACGAUAACGAUGGUGACGACCAUGACGAAGACGAGGAUGAUUAA